AUGCCCGUUUGCUUUACCUCUCUUUCCAGCAUUUCCCCGUACCCAACACUCGUCUUUCUUUUUGCUCUUCGCUUAUAUUCGACUCCUCUUCUCGCUAUUAACGGGGUCGGGAAGAAAAGAAAAACGCCCGUUCCGUCCUCACCCUCUCCACCUUCUCUUUUAUCCUAUCUCCAUCCCAUCUUUAACUGUUCUCUUCUCUUCUGUCCCAUCCCAGAUACAUCUCCUUACUCUUUGUCUUCCCUCGCUCCUGUCUUCUUGUUCGGCUUUUGUCCAACCCAACUGUGCUGUAAAAUUCCUGUUCUCCUCUCUGUUCUCUUUUCUUCCUUUCUUCCCUCCUGUUUUCAUGGUGUUAUUGUUGUUCUCUUUCUUCUUAGCCUCCUGUUCUGUUUGGCUAGAACUCAUCAAUUUUCAUCUGAAGCAUCAGGCCGUGUGCUGGAUAAAUGGACCAUCGCCACCCGUGAAGAGGAGCACAUUAUUCUGCAACAGUUUCUUCGGUUUGGAGAGACCAAGUCAAUUGCUCAGGAAAUCAUUCUUCAGGAUACUAAAGAGAAGCAGGAGCUCUAUGUCAAGCAGACUUCUCGGGCAGAGUCUGAAAUCAAGAAAUUCAUUGAACGCAGCAAUCUGAGCAUGCAAAGUUACAUGCGCCCAUAUGAGUCACGGCACCUGUUCUCCAAUCGCAUGCCAUUUGUAUCUCACAGUAACCGCCUUGUAGCACCGACUGCAAUGCCGUACACUGCCACGACACCCCCACGUGACCUGCGCCCCACGAGCAUACCCCCUGUUCCGGUACCUACAUCGAGCCCCGUUACUUCGUCCCCAUUGGGCCGGCUGCAGACCAUGCUGCCAAUUGAUUUUCGAAGAGAACACAUAAGUCCGGCUGUCAGUCCAGGUCUGUCAGAAAAACGUGCCUCUGUGCCACAACCAACACAGCAACCACCUCCCCCACCACCACCACCCUCCAUUGGUGGAGACAGUCCAAAAAAUUUGAGCACCACACCGACACCAACACCCACCAGUCCACCCCAGUUCCAGUCAAUGAAACCUCAUGAAGGGGGCGAAAACUCAACGAGCACAAACAUCCAAAACAUCACCCCACCCAUUGUUCCUCCAGAUGACCCUCCAAUGGACGCAAUAAACUACUCCACAAAAGACUGUGAAGAAACAGCUCUGUCUGUGUAUGCAGAUCGCAAAGUAAAACACCUGCGAAAGUCAGCCAACCCCAUCAAGCGUCAAUGGACUCCCUCGGCGUCAUUUGGAAGUACCUUGAUUGCACCCAACGGUAAAAAGCGUGUUCUCUGCACAGCUUGCAAUAAAACUUUCUGUGAUAAAGGUGCUCUAAAAAUUCAUUACAGUGCAGUGCAUCUGAAAGAGAUGCACAAAUGUACAGUUGAAGGCUGCAGCAUGAUGUUCAGUUCUCGUCGCAGUCGUAAUCGCCACAGUGCCAAUCCUAACCCUAAACUCCAUAUGCCUCAAAAACGCAAACUCCCCGAAGGAGCUACUCUAGUCAGUGAUUCAAAACCAUCCUCUAGACUUAUCAAUUCUCCCCCUACUAUGGUAGUGACCUCGUCUUUUCUAUCGAGGACAGUGAUUCCAUCGCUAGAUUCAAAUGUCCUGAACAGAAGUGACCAAUCGUGCUUUGUAGAUGUUGGCAACAAUCUUCCAUACAUGUCUUCUCCGGAGAAAAAAAUUAAGAUCGAAAGUAAGGAAGAAGAAGGCUUGAGUGAAGAAGCAAUCGAUAUGAAGUCACGUGAUGACAUAUUGAAGCCGGAUGUCAGCAGCACCCAACGCGGCUUCAACCGAAGGAAAAGCUUGAUCCCCACCCGUUGUGCCCAGAUGGAGGAGACUUAUAAUAUGAGUGAUGAGAAUUCUGUCUCUGAUGAGAAAGAUGCUUCUACUAAGCAAAGCAGGAAACACAUGAACAAUGCUGAUAAGGAAAACCCUACCUCGAACUCAGCUGUGGAUGAAGAAAUUGAUGACAAAAUUGCAAUAAAAAGGGAACUUCCAGACGGUUCUACUAUUCGAGAAAUGUCCGAGAAGAGCCUGAUUGCCAAGGGGUAUGAGGCAGUGAACCUGACAAGUCACAGUAGCGUUAUCUGUGAUACAAACUGCAGUCCCAAACUAGAGGCACGUAAAGAAGCUUGCCACUUCCCCAGGAUUGCUUCCCUCUUGGCUAACAACAAUAACUCUUCAUCAGAUCCUGUUGACCUCUCACAGGAUGCUUGUGAACGAAGCCCCUCAAAUCUAUCCUCUCUGAACCUGAGUCCAAGUUCUGAUCAUGAAUCUAAUGCUUCCCAGGCUUCAACUGAUGUGGAGGGUCACUUGGCUGCCAGGGCUAAUGGAAGUUGCUCUCCAGAUGAUUCAAAUUCAAACAGCGUCGAUGUCCCCCUUGACAAAGACAACCCUCGCAAGUGUACUGUGUGCGGGAAAGUGUUACAGAACCAAUUUGGACUGAAAAUUCACUACCAGAACGUUCAUUUGAAACUGAUGCACACAUGCACCGUCGACGGCUGUAAUGCUGCGUUUCCUUCGAAACGCAGUCGGGACCGACACAGUACCAACUUAAAUUUACACCGCAGACUCCUCUCCACAUCUGAUAUGGACCAGUUCCCAGAUGAUGAGGAAAUAGAAGAUGUGGAUGAGCUGGACGAAGAUGACAUUGAUGAUGACGAUGAUGAUGAUGAAGAAGGUGACGAAAUGGGCACAGGUGGCAAAGAAAAGAAAGAAUCUGAUAACCGCAUUAACCAAAAGUAUGAGUCGGCUCGCAUUUAUGAUGAAAACAGCAAUGCCAAAUUGGAUGAGGAAAAUAAGCAAAGUACCAUCAUAAAUCCUAAACGUAAUUCUAAUGGACCAUCAACUACAACUUCCACAGCUUCAGUAGGCAGUCACUCCAAUGACAGCUUUGUUGAUAGAGAAAUCAACAGCAAGAGUCGAGGCGAGGAAAACUGCCACCCUACUCGAAAUGGUGAAGACGAGAGUGGAGCUGAUGACGAUGACGGUGAUGACGACGAUGAUGACGAUGGGGGCGAUCACCUGCAAGACGAGGAUCUUGACAACGAACUGAACACUGCAGUCAGUUGCCACGUAUGCCAGCAGAGGUUCCGCGACAACCUUGCUCUCAAGGAACACUUUGAAACCCUACAUCCCAAAGAAAUCUCCCUUUCUUAUGCUGAGUCCUUUUUCUCUUGGUACAGAUUCAAUUUAUACAGUGUCCAUUAUUUUAUAUCAAGAGAGUCAAUACCCAUUUCACUUCAAUAUCUAUUCUUCAGUAUUGGUGUGCCUUCUUCCUUUUCCACUGUAUAG